UAAACCCCGAAGAAGAAGAAUCAGGGUUUUCACCGCGUUGAUCAAGUAGCACAUGAGUUCAGCGAACUCAUCAACACGGCGCUUCUUUUGUAGCACAUUGUGCAUUUUCUGCAGCAGGUUGUUCCAGCUGGACAGUUCUGCAGUAGGUUGUUAACAUUGUGUCUUUUCUGACAGUUCUGCAGCAGGUUAAGGACAGAAAGUUCACACAGAACCGGAGGCGUCAUGGCAGAAGAGGCGAAGAAACUUUCAGGCUACGCAGCGGUGGAUAACCAUGUUCAGAACCACCAGGUAGUUGGCGUGGGCAGUGGAUCCACCAUUAUGUAUGCUGUAGACAGACUAGCGGAGAGGGUUCGUCAAGAGAAACUCAACAUCGUGUGUGUCCCAACCUCCUUCCAGGCUCGUCAGUUGAUUCUGCAGCAUGGUCUAACCCUGUCGGAUCUGGACAGACACCCAGAGCUGGACGUGGCCAUCGACGGGGCGGACGAGGUAGAUGCUGCUCUCACACUCAUCAAGGGAGGAGGAGGCUGUCUGACUCAGGAGAAGAUCGUAGCAGGCUGUGCCAAACACUUCAUCGUCAUCGCUGACUUCAGGAAGGACUCCGCGACCCUGGGCCAGCAGUGGAAGAAGGGUGUUCCUAUUGAGGUGAUCCCUAUGGCCUACGUCCCCGUCUCCAGGACUAUAGCCAAGCGCUUCGGUGGGGAGGCGGUACUCCGUAUGGCCGUCAGUAAAGCUGGUCCAGUGGUAACAGACAACAGUAACUUCAUUCUGGACUGGAAGUUUGAACACGCUCACAACUGGAAGGAGGUCAAUACCGCUAUUAAGAUGAUACCAGGUGUGGUAGAGACAGGUCUGUUUGUGGGGAUGGCUGAGAGGGUGUACUUUGGGAUGGAGGAUGGUAGUGUUCGUGUGAGAGACCCUCCAGUCAACUGACCUGACUGGGACCUGACACCUUCCACCAACCUUCCUGUCUGGGACCACCAUCUAAACGGCAGUGCCUUAUAUUGUAUUCUGGGACCACCAUCUCAUCCACAGUGCCUUAUAUUGUAUUCUGGGACCACCAUCUAAACCACAGUGCCUCUAUAUAUUAAGUCCCAAAUGGCACCCUAUCCUUUUACAAAGUGCACUACUUUUGACCAGAGCCCUAUGGGUUUAGGGUCCUAUGUAGCGGAUAGGGUGCCAUUGGGGAAACAGCCAAUAUUCUAUCACCUAUGGACUCUGCCUGAUCUGACAGACUGAAUGGUGUAUAACUGCAGGUUGACCUCACAACCUCAACAUCGACCAUGACAGGUACAGGCUCUACCUUUUUAUAUGUUUAUAAGUUGAAAAAUUUAGGUGGACAUAAAUACAUUUAGGAGCACGAUGAAAAAUGAGGUAAUACAUUCUUGCCUACUCUAAAUAAAUUCCAGGUGGCAAAGCAAAA